GAGGCGGGGAAGUGGGCGGACUUAACGCAUGCUCUCAGCCCGCGUCCCGCUCUGUCUUGAGAGGGUCAUGGCUCCUUCGUUGCUGCUGCUUUCACUACCAUGGCCGGUGCGUCCCGGACCGCUCCAGAGGUGCUGGGAGCUACUACAACGGCAACUGCAGCAGAGCUGGAGUCGCUUUGUCAGUCCUCCGUGGGCACCAGCAUUAGCCGUGCAGAGACCAUCCAUCCUCACAGAGCUAGCACAUGAUACCUGUGAAAAUAAAGAGAAUUCCAGCUUUUUAGAUAGUAUCUUUUGGAUGGCAGCUCCCAAAAACAGACGCACCAUCGAAGUUAACCGAUGUAGGAGAAGAAACCCUCAAAAGCUUAUUAAAAUUAAGAACAAUAUAGACAUUUGCCCUGAAUGUGGUCACCUGAAGCAGAAACAUGUCCUCUGUGGCUAUUGCUAUGAGAAAGUACGCCAGGAGACGACAAAAAUCAGACAACAAAUAGGGGCUCAAGAAGGAGGUCCUUUCAAAGCUCCUUCCGUUGAGACUAUGGUACUGUACACAGGAGAGAAACCAUCAGAGAAGGAUCAGGGCAAGAGGAUUGUUGAAAGAAACAUAAAGAGGCCAUCUUGGUUCACCCAGAAUUGAACUGAAAAAUGUUAAAAAGAUAAUUUCAUAGUUAGGCACUUAUUUAAAAUCAGGAGUCUUCAUUUUCAUGUUGUGCCUGUUUUCAAAUUAUCAAUGUAUUUUAAAAUGGAUUUUGUUAGUUGUUACUUUUAAAUGAGGUAAUUUGAAGACUAUCAUGAAUAAACUCAGCAUAUUUAUGUAAAGGCUCAAUGGAUUAAUUUGUGUAUUUCUAUAAUGCUGUUGGGUUUUAAUUAAGCAGUUGUGUCAGUGAGAAAAGAAUUUAGAACAGGUAUGUGGUACACUCAUUUGUAUUCAGGAGUAGAAGCAGGAGGAUAUCUUGAAUUUCAGGCAAGCCAGGAUACAAAGUGAGAUUCUGUCUAAAAAAAAAAAAAAAAAAAAAAAAAAACCCAAAACAAACAAACAAAAACCAAGUUUUUUCUUCUUUGUUGGUGCUUUAGAACAAUUUACUUUUUAUGGAACAAAGUGUGCUAAUUUACGUAAAUAAUAGAAAUAGUUUUCCCAUUUUGCAUUAAUCAAUCACAUUCCAUUGUCAUUGUAGAUGCUUGUGAGAAAGCAAACCCAAGAUAAACCUUUCAAAUAAAUACCCAGAGUAGGGCCUUUAAAGUACCAGUUGUUGAAAAUGUAUAUAUCCUGUCAAAUUUAUUUUCAAUGUCUACACCCCACCUGUCCCUUCUAUAUGCAGUUGAUAACAUUUUUUAAAUAUAAUUUUUAGCGA